AAAAAGUAAUCCGUUCCGAACACGUUUUGUUAAUUUUAAUGAUAACGUGUAAUAAGGUUUUUGUUAUUGUCUACCGGCUACCCUAUUAAGUCUUGAUGUUCUUUUUUUUUACACGUUAAUUGAAACGCCUUGACAUUUUUGACAGAUAUGCAACACAACCAACAGCAGAGCGACCGCGCGCUCUGACGGACAGAUAGCGCUGAACGUUUGAACUUUCCCGUGGACGGUCAACGGCCAACCGCGUUAUCACCGCCGGACGUCGUGUAACGUAACACCGUUAGUAUUUCACACUGUAAAACAUCAACCAAUGAAGAAGCCACGGGUAUUGUACUUUGAUAGUAAAAUGUAAUAAUAUACCUAUAUAGUAUAAAUUGUGAUUGUAUGUUAUUUUACAUUAUUCUCGACGUGCUGCGAUUGGUUUUUUUUAAACUUUGGUCAGUUAUCUGUAGUUAGUCGGGCCGGCGGUUCGACGUUGUGCUUACUGCUUAACGUAAAGUUUAUGUAAUUUAAAAAAAAAUAAUAAUAUUGUUUUUAAAAAAAAAUUGAUGGCCGUUCGUGUUUUUGGCCGCCGUUAUCGUUUCUGUUGUUUUGUGCUAAAUUCGACACCUGUACUUUGAUAUUAUCCACAAAUAUAAGUAUUAUUAUAAAUGCGUGCGGUCGACGCGGUUUUACUUGGUAAUGGGACAUUCGGAAAGCAAACCAGCUCCGAAAUCGGGUGCGGGCGCGGUCAACCCUAACUUGCCGCCGCUGAGGUUCCACAACGUGCACGGCGACAACGUGCGGCUGUACAAAAACGGAUUUGUCGCCAAACGAGUGGAGAGCUUCUGCAAGGGAGUGGCGUUCAGCUGUCGGCCCGUGUCUGUCAACGAGAAGGUCUACAUCAAAUUCCUGGAGAUAUCCGACAACUGGAGCGGAGUGUUGCGGUUCGGUUUCACCAGCGAGGACCCGCUCAACGUCAAAAAAGUGCCCAAGUACGCGUGUCCGGAUUUGACCAGCAAGUCGGGAUUCUGGGCGAAAGCGCUGAGCGAACGACAUGCCGUCUCCGACGCAGUGCUGUUCUUCUACGUGGACGCCGGCGGAGACGUUCACUACGGUCUCAACGGCGAAUCCAAAGGCGUGUUCAUGCAAGGCAUUGACACCAGGUCACCUUUGUGGGUGCUGUUGGACAUCUACGGCAAUUCCACCAUCGUCGAGUUCCUCGACUGCCGCCCACAGCUGAACAACAACCGAAGGAGUACCGAUGAAUUGGACAUUACCUCGCAAAUGGCCACCAUGGCCGUUUCACCCGCGGCCGCGCCCAGGUCGUCCCAGACCGAACGCCUAGAACCUUUGGGUCUGGUGCGCAAAGGCCGGCACGUCAUGAUCAGCAUGAAGGACGGCGUGCCUUGCGUCGGCACCAGACUGUCGACGGCGUUCUUCCAAGGGUACACGUUCACCAAACGGCCUCUGAUCAUCGGCGAAAAAUAUGUCGUUCAGAUCACGAAAACUAGUCAACUGUACGUGGGAAGUCUGUCGUUCGGCGUCACUUGUUGCGACCCCAACAGCAUCGGCAUAGGCGAACUUCCCGACGACCCCAACCAGCUCGUGGACAGACCCGAAUACUGGGUGAUGAGCCGAAACGUGGCCGAGGACACCAAACCCGGUGACGUGCUGGUGUUUUCCGUCAACCACAACGGCGAGGUGUUGUGCAGCAAGAACGGCAGUGCCGACGCGGUGCUCAUGUGCGUCGACCACUCUCAGACGUUGUGGGGUGUGUUCGACAUUUACGGGACCACCACGCAAAUAGUCGUGUCGAAAAUUCCGUUGCCGCCGCCGUCGUCCAACAUGACCGGUUGCAUGCAAAACGCCAUCGUGCAUUCUUCGCCGCAACCGUCCACUUCUUACGAGCCGGUUCCGAUGCCUCCGUCUCCGCCUCGACAACCGGCCGCCGCCACCAUGUGCUACGCUCCGCCGCCGCCGACGGUCCGUUCCAACAUUCUGGAGGUGAACACCGACUCUCACGGCAGCACCGUGCUUAUCGUCAACUUGCCGGCCGCCCAAGCCAGUCAGGUGUGUCAUCCGUCGCCGGCCCUGUCGCAAGCGUCGUCCGUCCAGUCCGCGGCCAGACCGCCGUCCGUGACGAUCCAACAAAUACAGUCCAGGCCGGCGCCGCCUCCCCAACAAGUGCAUCUGCCAGAGCAAUUACCUUCGGGCGAAGGAGAAUGCUCGAUAUGUUUCGAAAGAGCCGUCGACUGCGCUUUGUACACUUGCGGUCAUCUGUGCAUGUGUUACGAAUGCGCUAAGAAACAAUGGGUUCGGCUUGGACGUUGUCCCAUUUGCCGGGCAGUCAUUAAGGACGUAAUUAAAAUCUACAAGUAAACCCGACAACAUCCAUAGACCUUCUUCGCUACUGUUUGUUUUUUUUUCUAAUUAGUACAUUUUUUUUUUUUUUUUUUUUAUAUUGAUAUCAUUAUUAUUGUAAACGAAUGUCGAAGACAAAAUUAACAGCGCCAGUCUUUUUUUAUUAUUAUUAAUUAUAAUAUUAUAUAGCGUUUUGUUAACUGGUUUUUUUUUUUUUUCUAUUAUGUCGAAUUUACUUAAAAAAAUAAAACUAGCUUCUUUUGACUUUUUUUAUUUUUACAGAUGCGCACUCUGUGUAAAGAUGCGCACUCUAUACAACUAACUUGAUUGAUAAACAAUGAAAAAACAUGACUGAUUUUUAAUUCAAACAUUUUUGUAAAUUAAUGUAAGCAUUAAUGAAAGACUGGCGUUUUAUACUUCUAUAUGCAAAUACAUAUAUAUAUAUAUAUUUUUUUUUUUGCAAAUUUAAUUAGUUUUAUUAUUAUUAUUAUUAUUAUUAUUGUUGUUGUUGUUAUAUUAGACGUACACAUUAUCGGUACAGUAUAAUUAUGUAUGAUUAGUUUAUAAUUAAUGUUAUAGCAGAAACAAAUGUAUGACGAAUGGUAUUUCUGUACAAUCGUUUUGAUGUUAUACUCAUCGAGCUAGGCCGUUCUAGUCAAUAGUCAGUUAGGGCUGGAUUUUUAAUUAUGUUAACAUAAUGAUAAUAUUAUUUAUCGCCGGUAGUCUGAGCCGCAAUUGUUGUUGUCGGCGGCGUAUGCGACACUUUCGUCGGGGUAGUUACGAUAUUUUUUUUCUAAGUCAUAUUUUAAUGUAAAUUUAGUCAAUUCGAAAAAUGCAAUCGAGACUCUGCCGCCGGAGCGAUCGGACAAAAAGUGUUUAUUUUGUAAAACUUUUUUUUUUUUUUAAUAUUAAUUAAUAAUAUAUAUUUUGUUGUACCUAUCACAAACGAAUUUGUGCAAUUGCGACGCGUACUACUAUUUUGAUGUAUUAAGUUUGAUAAAAAAAAUAAUAAAUUAAAUAUUGUACUUUUUUAUACUAUUAUAAUGUUUACACUUUAAUUGAUGAACAAGCUAAAUGCCGAAUAUAAUGUAUGA